GGCCUCUCGUGGAACACGGACGAUAACAUGCUCCGUGCCAAGUUCGAGGAGUUCGGUGCUGUCGAGGAAGCAGUUGUCGUGAAGGACCGUGACACCGGUCGCAGCCGUGGCUUCGGCUUCGUCCGUUACGGCAACGAUGCUGAUGCCGAGAACGCCAUUGCCAACAUGGACGGUCAGGAAUUUGACGGUCGCAGAGUUCGUGUUGACAAGGCCUCUGACCGUGCCGCCGGCGGCGGUGGCGGCGGCUUCCGUCAGGGCGGCGGCGGUGGCGGCUAUGGUGGUCGCGGCGGCUACCAGGGCGGCGGU